AUGGAGACCCUGAAAAAUCUUUGGACAUCCAUUGGUACUGGUUACGACUUGUCAAACUCGAUCUUCUCACCGGACGGUAGAAAUUUCCAGGUGGAGUACGCCUCGAAGGCUGUUGAGAAUGCCGGAACGUCGGUGGGGAUCCGUUGCAAGGACGGUAUUGUGCUGGCCACCGAAAAGAUCAUUACGUCAAAAUUGUUGGCUCCAGGCAAGAACAAGCGUAUCCAAACUAUAGAUAGACAUGUGGGCGUUGUUUAUUCGGGAUUAAUACCUGACGGUAGACACUUUGUGAACCGUGGUCGCGAUGAAGCCAAAUCAUUCAAAUCGUUGUACAAAGAGCCAAUUGGUGUUCCAGGACUGAUAGAUCGUCUUGGAUACUACGUCCAGGCUUACACCUGCUACAAUUCUGUCAGACCGUUUGGUAUCAAUGCCAUCAUCGGUGGAGUUGAUGACGAUGGCGCACAUCUGUACAUGGUGGAACCAAGUGGAACAUACUGGGGAUACUACGGUACAGCCACAGGAAAGGGCAGACAGACUGCCAAGAGCGAGUUGGAAAAGCUAGAUUUGCCUAAUAUUACAGCUAAGGACGCCGUCAAGGAGGCCGCAAGAAUCAUAUACUUGGCACACGAAGACAACAAAGACAAGGACUUUGAGCUGGAGGUGACAUGGGUUAGCAAAAGUGAAACUGGCGGCGUUCACGAGUUUGUGCCGCACGAUCUAUUACAAGAGGCCAUCAAGUACGCCGAGGAAGAAGGCGAAGAGGGAGAAAGUUCCGACGACGAAAUGCAGGAUUAA